AUGUUUGUGCUCCGCAACGUGAGCAAGUACCUCUUCGGAGACUCUUCCAAGGAAUCUAUUAUCGAGAUCCCUCAGGGACAACUCUACCUCGUUCGCCCUCUGUCGCCCAAGGGCUACUCGGAGCUCAUCUUCAAGGACGCCGCCGCCUCCAUCAGACGCACCGGUCAGGAAUUUCAGUACCAGCUUGUUAUCCAGCGCGCCUACGAGGAAGGCGAGGAGGAGCUCGGGGAAGAGGACGACGAACAAGGCGGCAGUGACAGCCUCGACAAGGACGAAAAGGUCUUCCUGCUCGAUCAGGCGUUGCACUUCCGCUCCGAGGUGCGCGACGGAGGAGCAAAGAUCUUGGCCUGGAGAGACCUGAGUGGCGACGUUGGCGACCUCUUCGAGUUUGUCUGCGACCCCUCCGUACCUUCGGAUAAGGUUUCCACCUUCGAGCUAGCCGCUCUGCAGUGCCAGUACGAGCGCGCAUACCGCCGGAGCUCCCAGAACGUGAGCCGCGAAGAUCUGCAAGAGUUCUCUUUCCAGGAGGAGAGGCCUAUCCCGUCUGCAAGCCCUAUCUCUUCUUCAGCACGGUCUCCUGCUCGGUCGCUGACAUCUGGAGAGUCGACCGCCGCCAUGGUGAAGGACGUCGAAUACUCGCGGUCCAAGGGACAAAUCAAGCCCGCAGCAUCGGAGGAAGCCACGGUUGCUCCCCCUUCUGCAGCACAGCCUGAAGCUAGAGAGGUCCUCGCCCAGGAGAAGGCCGAGCUGCACCUGUUCGAUUUUGUGAGCGGAACGUUCGUUUUGCAGGCGGCCAGCGUGACUGCAACGGUUUCUGAGGUUGGUGACUGGACGUACUGGCUCCAGAUCAGCGGAGAAGAUAAGGAGUGGCUUGGACAGGCUGUCGUUGCGGACAUCAACCCCGUUUUCAAUUUCGAAUAUCUGUCUUUUAUCUUCAAUGCCUACGGUGAAGAUGGUUCGGCUUACUCCUGGCUCUUGCGUUUCAAGGACCAGGAGACUGAGGAGAAGUUCCAGGAGGGUCUCAUGCAGGCUCUGUGGGAACAGCUGAAUGAGAUGAAGUGGACGAAGGUCAAGGAACAAGAACGGGAGUACGUGCUGGAUGCCUUCCAGGAUCUCACAAUGGAGGAUGCCGAGGAACGCGAAGCCGAGGCUGAAGAGGAGGAAGAAGAGGAGAGUGAGGAGGAAGACCACUACGACGGUCAACGUAGCGAACACUACGACUCUGACGAGGAGCAAGAUGAUGUCGUUACGCGGGAUGACGAUGGAAAUGUCAACUCUCAACUUGCUGUCGGUUACAAGCAUGACCGCUCCUUUGUCGUCCGUGGCUCCAAGAUUGGCGUCUUCAAACACACUCCCGACAACAACCUGGAGUUCUCUACCAACAUCUCCAAGGUUGAGACCCCCAGGGGCAAGCUCUUCAGCCCCAAGAAGGUCAUGUUGCACGCCGAAGACACCAACAUGAUCCUCCAGAACGGUGACGAUCCGAACUCGCUUUACCGGAUGGACCUGGAGUAUGGUAAGAUUGUGGAUGAGUGGAAGGUCCACGAUGACAUUCCGGUCACUACCUUUGCUCCUGAGACUAAAUUCUCUCAAAUGACCGCUGCACAGACCUUCGUUGGUGCUUCUAAGAAUGCCCUCUACCGCAUCGACCCUCGUGUCGACGGAAACAAGUUGGUGGACACCGACCUGAAGCAGUAUGCUAGCAAGAACGACUUCUCUUCGGUGGCUACUACUGAGAAGGGAUACCUUGCUGUGGCUUCCAACAAGGGUGAUAUUCGGAUGUUUGACCGUCUUGGAAUCAACGCCAAGACGCAUAUUCCUGCUCUGGGAGAGCCGAUCAUCGGUCUGGAUGUGUCUGCAGACGGCCGCUGGGUGCUCGCAACCUGCCGGACAUACCUCCUUCUCAUCGACUCACUGCAGAAGGAGGGCAAGAACGAAGGCAAGCUUGGCUUCGAGCGCUCCUUCGCCAAGGACUCCAAGCCCCAGCCUCGUCGCCUGGGUUUGCAGCCUGCCCAUGUGGCCCAGUUCCAGCACGAGACGAAGAAGCCUAUCAGCUUCACCCAGGCGCGUUUCAACACCGGUGUCGACAGCCAGGAGACAUCCAUUGUCACUGCCACUGGUCCUUUCAUCAUUACCUGGAGCUUGAAGAAGGUCGUUGCCGGACGCAAGGACCCCUACACCAUCAAGCGUUACGGCGAGGACGUCAUGGCGGACAACUUCCGAUUCGGCUCGGACAAGAACGUCAUUGUGGCCCUGCCCAACGAAGUCAACAUGGUUGCCAAGAGAAGUUUGAUGAAGCCCACGCGCGAGAGUAUCGCCGGACCCCCCGUCACUCCCCGUCGCCGAACCCAAUGGGGCAGCCGGUUAGGCAGGGACGAGAUUGUCAACUCGCCUUACUGA